UUCGCAGAUCUUAAAGCUUUUUCAGCUCAGCUCUGCUUGAGCGAUCAAUUGUGUUUGUUUUCGUCAGCUAGCUGAGAGCGGAAAGAUUAUCAGUGAGAGAGCAGUAAUGGACAGCGUAACGUUGAUCAGUGAAAUUAAGCGUAUGCCGGCGUUGUGGGAUAAGCAAAAUAAGAACUUUUCAAAUCGAAUUAUAACAACAAAAAACUGGCAAUUGAUUGCUGAUAAAAUGGGCGUAACUACGGAUCAGUGCAAGAAAAAAUUUAAAUACUUAAAAGAUGCAUAUCGCAAGGCCCAUCGAAAAAUGCCAAGACAUGCCUCAGGGACAGCAGCAUCGGAACUUUACAUUUCAAAAUAUAAGUACUACAAUUUAAUGAUGUUUUUAUAUGAUGAUGUGGCCAACAGUUGUGCGGUCGAUUUUCAAAGCUCCCAAGACAGCCUUGUCGAUGAGUGCUCAAUGUCAAUGUCAUACGUGAACGACACUUCAUUUGAGAAGACAAUAAUGAAACAGGAAAUUGACAAUAAUGAUGACUUCCAACUGCCUGGACUGUCCAGCAAACAAGAUACAAACAUAGAACGAAUUGAAAUCGAACAGAAAAGAUUAAGAUUUUUAGAAAAGGAUGUCGACACCAAUGAAGACGUGGACAAUGACGACUUACAUUUUUAUAAAAGCUUAAUUCCUCAUACCAAGGGCCUCUCAUCAGUCGAAAAAUUACGAAUGAGAGUAGAAAUCCAAAAUAUAGUUUUAAAAUAUUUGGAAAAGAGGUAGAAACACAAAUUAAUUAGUUAAAAAUAAAACAUAAUGUAACAGAAAGCCAUUUUGUGCCCUUCGCUCUUAUCAUUCUUUUAUAUGACGUAUUUUUAA